GAUGUCACUGAGUAGAAACAAAGUUUCCUGCUUUGUAAGUUUGUCGUCUAAACAACGUGACACGAAGUUAAAUAUUGAUCCGCGUUGACCUUCGGCAGAGUUAACAGAUUUUUUCCCCCUCUCUUCGUUUUAAGAUAACUGUUUAAUUUAUUUGGGAGUCCGUCUGGUCUCUCAAACCAGCCUAAUACAAGGAUAAGGGCGUCUGCUAAGAAAUAAAUAAUAAUAAUAAUAAUAAUAAUCAUCGAUGAACUUGCAGGUUUAAUAAAUGUGCUGUUUGACAACAAUAAAUUAAUAUGCUGCAAAAUGGAGCUGCGGAUUUAGGAGUCUGGGAAGGUCAGGCGAAUCAACAUUGUGGGAAAGAGAAACGAGCAAAAGCAAUUAACUCACACCCUAAAAACAAGGCCCCUCCCACAACCAAAACCUGGGCGGGGCUACAGAGGAUAUGUCAGGUGAUCCUGCCAAUUGCAAUCGUUCUGUUGCUGGCUGGGGGCGGAGCCUUGGCAUGGUACAUUUUAGAUCACAGACUCAAGCUGCUGGAGCCCCGGGUCACCCAGUACUACACAGCGAGGUUUGCAGUAAACAACCGAGACUUCAGCAUGGAGCUCACCAGACGAGAGUCAACCGCCUUCAAAACAGAAGCAAGCAAAGUCCAGGAUGUGUUAGAGAAGAUCCUGAAAGCCUCCGAUCUCUCCUGGUACUACAAUUCAACCACAGUCUUUGCUUUUGGGGAAGGCAGUCUCCUGUGUUACUGUUGGCUGGUCUUGUUGGUGCCUCAGAGCCUGGCUGACAGGGUGACUGCGGGCUCCGUCAGUGACACGCUGCUGCAGGGUGUGGGAGGCAGCGACGGCAAUACCACAGCCUACCAGCAGGGGGAGUACAUCAUCGAGAGAGACUCUCUCAACAUCACAGAAUCGGGUGCCAAAGCCAUCGAUGCCAUGAAGGCCACAUUCAGUUGCUAUCGGUACGCCUCGGUCCGUGUCGGGGUGCUCACCUCCCUCCAGGGCCCCGACUCGCUCCGGUCCAGCUGCCUGUGGCACAUCGCGGCCCCGGCCGGUCAGCUGGUCAAGCUGCGGCUGGAAUGGGCCCUGUCCGAGUGUCGGGACCGUCUAGCCGUCUAUGACUCCCUCUCUCCAGACGAGGGCAAACUAAUCACUUCUCUGUACGGGUGCAGCCGUCAGGAGUCAGUGGUCGAGUUGGUAUCUUCCGGGAGGGUGAUGUCAGUGGUGUGGAAGCAAGGGCAGUACAGCUACUAUGAUCCCUUCUCUCUGUCUGCCCAGGCUCUGCCCAGCUCAGCCUGUGAUGCCAAUUUCACGUUGCAGGACAGGGACGGGAUACAAGGCCAUUUCAGCACCCCUCACUAUCCCAGCUACUACCCUCCAGACACACACUGCAGCUGGACUUUCACUCUCCCCUCCCUGCAGUACGGCUUGACUCUGUGGUUUGAAGGUUAUGAGCUGGGCAGAGCCAACUACAACCAGGCUUGCACCCAGGGCCAGUGGACGGUGCAGAACAGGAGGCUGUGUGGAAGUCGAAUUCUCCAGCCCUAUGCAGAGCGAAUCCACGCCGUCUCUCUGACCGUCACGCUGACGAUGACAUCACAGAUCUCACUGACCGGCCCCGGGGUCAUAGUUCAUUACAGCCUCUUCAACCAAUCAGAUCCUUGUCCGGGACAGUUCCUGUGCUCGCUGAACGGUUUGUGCGUCCCCUCCUGUGACGGAAUAACAGACUGUCCCAACGAACUGGACGAGAGGAACUGUGUGUGCACAGGUCAGUACCGCUGCCCUGAAGACAGCCAGUGUCUGGAUUAUUACAAGCUGUGUGAUCACCAUCAAGACUGCCUCAAUGCAACUGACGAAGACAACUGCACUGACAGUGUCGAAUGCACAGAGUUUACAUACCGCUGUGCGGACGGCAGCUGCAUCAAGAAACCCAACGUGGAGUGUGACUUCAUCGCAGACUGCAAGGACUCCUCGGACGAGAAGCACUGCGACUGUGGGCUCCAGCACAUCUCCAGCCGGAUUGUGGGCGGGGCCGACUCCAUCGAGGGGGAGUGGCCUUGGCAAGCCAGCCUGCAGGUCAGAGGUCAGCACCUGUGCGGGGGGGCUCUGAUCUCGGAGCGCUGGGUCGUGUCGGCGGCUCACUGUUUCCAGGACGACAGCCUGGCCUCUGCCUCAGUCUGGACGGUGUACCUGGGGAAGUUUCUUUUGAACAGAAGCAGCAGGAACGAGCAGUCCUUCAGAGUGCAGGAGAUCGUGUCUCAUCAUUACUACGACGAGGAGUCCCACGAUUACGACCUGGCCCUGCUGCAGCUGGACCGCCCCGUCGCCCCCAGCACCCUGGCACAGCCCGCUUGCCUCCCGGCCCGCACGCACCACCUCC